CAAAUCAUUCGUCUCCUGCUGCUUCUUCCAGUCACUUGUUCACUUGUCUUAACUAUCCCAAACCUCAGAAAAUUAAUUGAAAAUGUUGAAUAUGGAAUUGAUGCCAUUGUGUCUGUUGGCUAUUGCUGUUUUGGUAUCAGCCGAAGCUUCGCCAAAGGCCAUUUUCGAUCGCAGACACGUGGUGGCCAAACAAGAGAAAAUCACGGGGGACAUUGACAAGCGUCUAACUGAUCCUCGUUGCGCCACUUGCUCCGAUGACUGUCCACCCUAUUGUGGGUACACAACUCCUCAUCCCGUUACCGAACCCCCGUGUCACGAUUGCGAUGACACCUGCCCACCUCAUCACCAACCGACGACGACUAAAUUCUCCAACCUCCCGUCCAUCACCUACAGCACCAAUUGCGAUUUCUGCGAUCACGAUCUUUACACGCUCACCUGCGUCGCGACGCCAUUCGAUUGCGCCGCCCGUUGCGCUGUUGAUUUGAGAUGCAGUCACUUUACUUACAUUGCCAAUCAUCAAGGAGGAACUUGCAUUUUGAAAAAAGCUUUUGGUUCCGGUGGCGCCUGGGCGUCGUCCAUUCCAUCGCCGUCGUCUUACGUCUGCGGUUAUAUCCCCAGCCGAGCCCUGAUUGGCAUUUUCCUCAACAUUUGCGUCGGAUUGGACAUUACCGGAACCAUCCGCACCGGAACCGCUAAAUAGAGCAACUUUUGACGUGUAGUAGGCCUAUCCAAGUUUUCAUUACUUGGACUUAUCCGUAAAUGUUUUGGGUUUUAAUUAUAUACUUUUUAUAACAUUGAAUUUGGUGGAGGAGUUGAUGAACAUCUAUAUAUUCUUGAAUUGUGUAUUCGGAAAUUGGGAAAUGAAUAAUAAACAAUUAUCGG